CUCCCUCUCUCUCUCCCCAUCUCUUUUCCUCUCUCCCUCCCCCCCUUCUCUCUUCAUCAUGCUCAUGUAAUAUAAUAUGCUCUUUCGGAAACGAUCAGCUUGUCUAAGCUCUCUGGGGAAAGAAAAAAGAAAAAAGGGUUCAUUUUACGCUCUCCAAGGUUGAGGGCUGAAAAUAUAAUCACACUCUGAUGGUCUUGAUUUCACCGUUGAGGCGCCCGGCCGCGCAAAUGCUUCGAGCCCCUCCACCAAAAUAUUCCCAGUGCCGCCGCGCGUUUGGCACAACUCUUGCGGCUUCUAGUGGCCACAAUCGCUGGUCAAAAAUAAAACAUGAAAAGGGCGCAGCCGACAAGAGGAAGACGACUGAGAGAAGUUCCUUCGCCAAGAACCUGACCUUGUAUUCCAAGCUCUACGGCGCAAAUCCGGAUCUGAACGCCCAGCUAGCCAAGACCAUCACCGAUGCCAAAAAAUCGGGCAUGCCAAAGGCCAACAUAGAGCUGGCCAUCGCCCGCGGUCAGGGGAGGUCGUCAACGGGCGAGAAGUUAGAGACGGCCAUGCUGGAACUCAUGGGCCCGGGAUCCGUGGCCGUCAUCGUGGAGAUCGAGUGCGACAACAAGCAACGCGCUCUGAAGGACCUAAAGCUCAUUGCCAAGAAGCAUGCGGCCACGGUCACCCCCACGACGUUUUUGUUCACCAGGCUUGGAAGGACCAUUCUGAAGGAUCUGGCCGACAAGGACUUUGACCAUGUCUUCAUGCAGGCGGUAGAGGCAGGUGCAGAAGACGUCGAACAGGACCAGGAGGGAAACGUCAUUGUCUGGACACAGCCCAAUGCGACACACCAAACAGCCCAGAGUCUCAGCACCGCCCUCGAAGCCGAGGUUGUGACGUCGGACAUAAUCUGGAAACCAUCAGAGGAUAGCAUCAAAGUUGACGAUCAGAUUACAGCGGGCCAGCUUGGCAACUUAUUGGCGGCGAUCAAGGACAACGAGGAUGUGCAGGCAGUCUACGCCAACGCCGAAAAAGGAGACAUCUCAGAGGAAGUGUGGAGCUCGAUCGAGGAUAAUCUCGACUGAGCGCCCAAGUGAUCAUCAAGUAUAUAUGCAUAGAAUUGUACAUUAUGUAAACAUAGGCGCCUCCCCCAGAACCAAGGGUUUGGACAUUUGCCAUUUCCUGAUAUACAGCAGCCGAUAUAGCAAAACACUGCCUCCUUC